UAUAUAUAAAAUAAAUAGUUCUUUAUACAGCAAAUAUUUUAUGCGGUUCGAGUUGAAGUUAUGUCACCGAUCUGGGGAAAUUUUCUUGAAAAUUAAAUGAAUGGGCACAAUCACCUAUCUUCUAAUCAUACUUUUUAAGGUUAUACAGUUUUUUCUUGUUUUUUUUCUAUUUCAAGGAUUUCUUGUGAAAUUCACGUAAUAUAAUGAAUGAAAAAAGUGUAAGAUCAUCAAAUUUUUCUUCUGAUAAAAAUACAUCUAAAACCUUGACAAAAAUUUAAAAACGUUAAUGAAAACUAAGAAACGGACAAGCAUACAAAUCAAGAAAAAACACUUUUUAAACAUUUGUAAUCUACAUAUCAUGGCAGAAGUAGAAGUGGUUGCAAAAUACUGUAUGGAAUGAAUCCGAUAUCAUGGUUUUCAAAGAAGCAAAACUGUCUAGCAUUAUCUACGACAGAAGCUAAAUGUGUGGCAGCGGCAGUGGACAAUGAAAAGCCGUUUUGAAGUUAAUAUUCAGAUUUUGAACACGACGAUUUCGGAACACACUCUUAAUCAGGGCUGCUCUCUAGAUCUAGUAACUUUUAGUGGUAUGAUUCAGGUUUUUCAAAUUACUCCUCCUAGUUUAAAAACAAGGUAUAGAUCUGCUCAAGACCUAUUGAAUAUAAAGGGUAUUUUGAGUGAUUUUAAUAUUACUAUCGGCUCAGUUCUUUAUUGUGAUAAUAAAAGUUCUAUUUUAAUGUCAAAGACCAAUUCUAAGAGAGCUAAGCACAUGGAUAUUAAGAAUCAUUUUUUAAAAGACUUAGUUACGAAAAAAGAAAUUUUUGUAAGUUAUGUGUCAACAGAACAAAAUUUAGCUGAUAUAUUAACUAAACUUUUAGUUAAGGAUACUUUCAUUUACUUAAGAGGAAAAGUAAGUGCAGUCUAAGUUUUGUUUGCUAAGUAGUUAAGUUGCGAUUUCAUGUAUCAUUGUAUAAAACAUUUUAAUCGAGGAGGAGUGUUAGUUGGUGAAAUGUUAGCAGCCAACUUCAUGUAUGUCAUAUGUCUGUUUUCGCUGUAAAUGAUAUGUAAUGCAGCAAGCAUAUUUUUCUUUAUAUAAACAAAAUAUUUAAACUUCAAGAAAGUAAUCAUUAUUUCAAUGCAAGAAGGCUCUUCCAAGUAAUAAUCAAUCAAAUAUGUGCUUUAGUCAAUUUUUUUCUAUGAAAAGAGUUACUUCUAAUCAAACCGUUGACAUGAGCUCUAGAACUUAAUGAAAUAAUGUUGAAAUACUCUUCAAAGAUCUUUUAAUUGGAAAAAAAGAAUUCUUUGCUUAUUAUAAUGAACUGUAUAAUGGAGUAUAUGGUGGUGAAAUCCUUAAAUUAACCAAAACAUAUAUUUGUCAUAUUGUCCAAACUGGAAAACCCAAUAUAGGUUACUAUGAUGAAUCAAUAUGUGGAAGACCUUUAGGAAUAAAAUUUCAUAUUGAGUUGUUAUAUGUCGUUGAUGCAUACUAUAGAAUUUUGACAGCACACGUUCAUAGUGGAAAGUCUGAAGUGAAAAAAGUUUUUAAAUAAAUGGUUCAAUGGAAUAACAGUAGCUUAAAAUGGUGAUAUAUACUAGACCAAUACCUCAACUGAUUUAGAAAAUUAUGUCUUUGAAUUCUUAUCUUAUCCAUUUGACAGGUAAGAGAACACAUAUUUCAUCCAAAAUGUUUUUACAUUUAUUAUUGUUUGGUACCAAACUUGAUCAUAGUUUUAGUCCCAGACGAUCAAUACAUAAGUAUUCGAAAGUUCGGAAUAUAUAUUAGAGUUGGCAUACUUCAGUGUUUAAUUUUGCCACAUUUCCAGUACAAUAAUGCUUAUAUAUAUAGAAUUGUAACGAAGUCUUUGCCAGCUGAAGUAUGAACGUGGAAAUGAAACACAUGAUAGGCUGAAAAACACCUAACAGAUUCUACGAAAUGACGUAGAAAAAAUUAUACAAGAAUUCAAGAUUAUAAAAUCAGACUUUUUAUGGAUUUUUUCCAACAUUUCUGGAGUCGUCAUUCUGCUAUUCAAUAUUUUAUUGUUGAUAGGAGCAGUUGCACCCAGAGUAGAAUCAAGUUCAGCUUUUAUAUUGGUUAGGCUAAUAGUCUAGUGAUCACAGCUCUUGACCCACGAAAAUUGUCGCUGAUUUUCUGGAUUUAGGUAGUUCUGAGGGUGCUUUAUCGAUACAGUGAAAGUUAAUAUCAAAAUUUUGACCGCUAAGCGACAUAUUUUUGUUUAAAUUUUGAAAAUUUAGAAUUUUGCAAAUAACUCGAAAUCUAUGCCAAAUUUCGGAAAAAGUGAAAGAAUCAAAAAUGAAGUUUAAGAAAUUUUCUACAAAAAAGGUUCCCUAUGAUUUUUCCCUAAGAGCUGUCAUUUCUUUGUAAAACGCGCUCAAACUUCGGCUGAAGAAGAAACUGCUCGAAAAUUCAAAAUUUCGGUACCAAAGAAAGUUGUCAGCUAACCCUUGCUUGAGGUCGUCAAUUAGACGAUUAUCUGUAUAAUGAGACCAAUUAUAUCUUUGAACUCACUCUGUGAUAGGAAAAAAACUUCUUUUACUACAGUCAGAAGUUGUUGAAUAGCAGCCAUUUUCGCAAAAUAAUGAGAAAACUAAAGCAUACAUUUUGUAGUUGAGUUGUCGAGCUUCAAUUUCCUAUCCAAAUAAAUUCGUAAAACCUUCGGUUUACCAUCAAAAAUUUGAAAACUCGGCAAGAGCUCCAAAACGACAUUUUUUUCUUAAAUCUUUUUGCGAUUUUCGAGGGAUUGGUUUUAACGCAUCAUUCGGGGGGAAAUGAAAGCUUACGUAAUAUCCAUUACAAAAAAGAAACCUCUUUCUACCGGGAGAGUUUCUUCAUUACAUCAGCCGAAGAUUCUACGGAUGUAGAGGGCGCCGGCGCAGCAAAACAGACUGAUUCCUGCUGACUUAGGAGAAGAAGAAUUUUUUGACGGAGAGACCAGUCCUGCAGGAGAAAACAGUGAAGACCGAGCACGGAAUUCCACUUGGAAGAAAUGCUCGAGAGUGAUGAUGAAAUCGACUAGAUUCCUAUUGAUUUCUUAUAUUCGAUUUUUGAUACUUUCUUUAUUUUUGAUAAAUAUUUAAAUAAAGUUCUCACAAGACUAACGUUUUCAAGGAUUAUCCCUGUCCCACAAUUACAGCAAUCAAGAUUUUAGAAGAGGAUUUCUGGCAUUUUAGAGUUUUUUGUAGGUUAGGAAAAAAUCAUAUUUGAUGUUGAGAAUUGAUCAAUUGACAGCUGACUCGAACCCAACCCAACCUUGACCCUAUCCAACUUCACACUAUACUUUUGUUUUAUAUAGAGUCAAAGUUGGUAAUUAUGUAUUCUAAUGUAUUCUGAUUUUAUUAAAAAAGUAGUAGGCGAUAAGCACCUUUUGACAGUUUCAUGUAAUAGUGACACAAGCGAAAAGAAAGGCGAAAGAAAAACGUGCUCCGAAAUUGUUAUUCCGUUAUUAUUGUUAUUUGAACGCACUUUGAAAUCCUGUUCAAUAAAUCGAACAUUGAUCAAGAUUGGACUCAAUUUAUUUGCAACUACAAACCCAAAACCCACUGUAAAUGAAACAACAUUUGAGCUUCUUCGUAGGUAAUUUCCUGCUCGGCAUUUUUUUCAGAAAUGCACCGUUGAAAAAAUCCAGUAACACGGAAUUCGCUGUUUGUGAGAGUAAUUUUGGAGAUUGAGGAAAAAUCAUAGGGAACCUUUUUUGUAGGAAAUUUUUUGCACUACAUUUUUGAUCCCCUCACUUUUUUCGAAAUUUGGCAUAGAUUCCGAGUUAUUUGCACAAUUCGGAAUUUUAAAAAUAAACAAAAGUAUACCGCUUAGCGGCCAAAAUUUUGAUGUUAACUUUCACUGUAUCGAUAGAACACUCUCAGAACUACCAAAAUCUUGUCUAGGAAAUACUAAGAACGCGGUGUCUUCAAACAUGGUACAUUUGUUGUAUAGAUUAUGUACUUUUCAAUGCAGCGGUAUUUUUCAAACAACCUGGGAAUUGAGUUAUUUAAUUCACCCUAUUUUUUUUUUCAUUUAAGUAUAUACGAAACGCAAAAUUAGGAUUUUUAAUACAUAUGGAGCAAAGGGAGUUGUUAAUAAAUUGUAAAUUUAAAUUUUUUUGGUAUCCAUAUAUCAAAAAUUCCAAUUACAGUUCAAUGUAUAAUGAUGUGAUAAAUGCUGGUCUUAAUUCAGUCAGCGAUAAACAGAUAUAUAUAUCAGAUGAUAAAAUAAUGUAAAUAAAGUAUUGUUACUGCUGAGCAUAUGCUGUAACUUAAAAUAGAUACUGUAUUUUUGAAUUAUGGGAGGAUAUUAGGAAGGUACUCGAGAUAAAAGCAAUCUAACAAAAAAUAGAAAAAAAUAUUAUCAGAAUUAUAGCACAAUGAUAGAUGAUGUUACGAAAAAUGAGAUUUUCUCAUUAAUUGAGAAUGUGGCGGAAGAAAUGAAAAUUUCCAAAUAUGAAAUCAAGUUUUCGGUAGUGCCGCAUCACUUCGUAUACGGAGGUGGAGGAAUACUAGUGUCGGUCCAUAUAACUGGAACAGAUUACGAUGACAGACAACUUCAUAUGGAUUUGAGUAUAAAAAUGAGUGAAAAAACCUCCGAUGAUGAUUACGUUAGAACUGUAUUCAAAAGAGAAAUAUUUUUUCACAAGUUUAUAGUACCGUACUUGGUGAAGUUUUUGCAAAAAAAAUCACCGCCUGGUUCUUUUAAACUUUGUAUACCAUAUUGCUGUAGAACGUUCACCACUGAAGAUCGAGAUGUUUUGAUUUUUAAUAGGCUGCAGGAUUUAGGAUACAAACAGACUGUUGGACAAUUGGCUAUCGAUCAAAAUAUCAUAACUUCAGUUUUAAAGGCGUUAGCUACAUUCCACGCUGUUACAUAUUCGGCGCAAUUCGAAGAAUCCGGUGAAUUUUUGAGCAUUAUAAAUAAAUGGAAGCCCGAUAUAAAAGAUGUAUUCUUGCUGUCAAAUAUGGAAAAUAAGUUAAAAACUGGUUUGAAAAUGACAUUAGAUAUGUUGAUGGAAGAAAACAGGUAUGAUAUACGAGAUAAACUAUUAAAAGACAUCCAAAAAGGUACUUUAUCUAUCAUCGAAGACAUUCUCUCUAACGUACCUACCGAAACGGUAAUUACUCACGGAGAUGUCUGGUUACAUAAUGUUUUUGUUCUAUUCGAGAAAAACAAUCCGACAAUUGCUAAAGACGUGAAAAUUAUUUACUGGCAUUUGACAACUCUUCAUUCCCCCGUGUUAGAUCUGGGAUAUUUCUUCUACUUGAGUUCCUCCGAGAAUAUAAACACAAAUUACGAAAAAUAUGUGGAAUAUUAUUAUAGCGAAUUCGCUGAAGUAUUAGUAAGACUUGGUACAGAUCCCGCUAAAUUUCCUUUUUUAACUUUACUGCACCAUUUGGAAAAUUACUCUUUAAUGCCUUUAGUGAUUGCUCUCGGAGGGAUACCUUUAAUAAUUCUCUACGAUGAAAUGAAAGUUGAUGUUGAAGAAUACGAAACGAUGCAGUAUGCAAACCUUCAAGGAAAUGUUAAGAAUCUUAUUAAGAAGAAGUUACUUGGAAUCCUGGAGCUACAUUAUAAAUAUUAUGGAGAAUAAUACAGCAAUUUUUUCAAUAA